CAUAUUCCUCUAUUUCAUUCACCCUUUCCUUCUAGUUUUCUCUCGAACUCUCUCAAUUUACUUCAAAUUCUCACCUUUCCCCCUUCUACUUUUCACUCGAACUCUCUCAAAUUCUCUCACAUUUUCCUUAUACAGUUUCCACUUUCCCCUCGAAUUUUCUCAAACUCUCUCUCUUUCUCUUUGAAACCGCUAUAAAUUUAUUCUCACCUCCUACUCUAAACCCAUCAUAGAGUCUCAUAAUACACAAAGCAAACUAAACAAUUCACAAACACUCUUACCAAACCAAAAAAACCAAAAGAACCCAACUUUUUUUUCUUUCUCUGCAUCUGAAUUCCGAGUCUUUAACAUGGCAGAAACUAGCGGCAAAGCUAUUGGGAUCGACUUGGGCACGACCUACAGCUGCGUAGGCGUGUGGCUAAACGAUCGAGUUGAGAUCAUCCCAAACGACCAAGGCAACCGAACCACCCCAUCCUAUGUGGCCUUCACUGACACAGAGAGGCUCAUAGGCGAUGCAGCCAAGAACCAAGUCGCUAUGAACCCACAAAACACCGUGUUCGACGCGAAGCGCCUCAUUGGUCGUCGAUUCUCUGACCCUACGGUUCAGAGCGACAUGAAGCUUUGGCCUUUUAAGGUUAUUCCUGGUCCCGGUGACAAGCCAAUGAUUGUUGUUACGUACAAAGGCGAACAGAAACAAUUCUCUCCUGAAGAAAUAUCGUCAAUGGUGUUGACGAAGAUGAGGGAGACAGCUGAGGCUUUUCUGGGUCAGCCAAUUAAGAAUGCUGUGAUUACUGUUCCGGCUUAUUUCAAUGACUCGCAGAGACAGGCUACUAAGGAUGCUGGAACUAUUGCGGCUCUCAAUGUUAUGAGAAUUAUCAAUGAGCCCACUGCGGCUGCUAUUGCUUAUGGGCUCGACAAGAAGGCCUCGAGGAAAGGUGAGCAGAAUGUGCUGAUUUUCGAUCUUGGUGGUGGUACUUUCGAUGUGUCUUUGUUGACGAUCGAGGAGGGUAUUUUCGAAGUUAAGGCCACCGCGGGUGACACUCAUCUUGGUGGUGAAGACUUUGAUAAUCGAUUGGUGAAUCACUUUGUGGCAGAGUUUAAGAGGAAGCAUAAGAAGGAUAUUAGUGGCAAUGCAAGGGCUUUGAGAAGGUUGAGGACUGCGUGUGAGAGAGCGAAGAGGACGCUGUCUUCGACUACUCAGACAACAAUCGAGAUUGAUUCCUUGUAUGAAGGAAUUGAUUUUUAUGCGACGAUUACGAGGGCGAGGUUCGAGGAAUUGAACAUGGAUUUGUUCAGGAAGUGCAUGGAGCCAGUGGAGAAGUGCUUGCGUGAUGCGAAGAUUGACAAAAGUCAGGUUGAUGAAGUGGUUUUAGUAGGUGGGUCGACGAGGAUUCCAAAAGUUCAGUCUCUUUUGCAAGACUUUUUCAAUGGGAAAGAGCUUUGCAAGAGUAUUAACCCUGAUGAAGCUGUGGCUUACGGUGCUGCGGUUCAAGCUGCGAUUUUGAGUGGUGAAGGGGACAAGAAAGUACAAGACUUGUUGCUGCUCGAUGUCACGCCUCUUAGUCUUGGGCUCGAGACUGCUGGGGGUGUUAUGACUGUGCUAAUUCCGAGAAACACUACGAUUCCAACGAAGAAAGAGCAAAUUUUCUCGACCUAUUCGGAUAAUCAACCUGGGGUUUUGAUCCAAGUUUAUGAAGGUGAAAGAGCUCGAACUAAGGACAACAAUCUUCUCGGGAAAUUCGAGCUUACUGGUAUUCCUCCAGCGCCAAGAGGGGUUCCUCAAAUCAAUGUUUGUUUCGAUAUAGACGCGAAUGGGAUUUUGAAUGUGUCAGCAGAGGAUAAAACAGCUGGGGUGAAGAACAAGAUUACUAUUACUAACGACAAGGGAAGGUUGACCAAGGAAGAGAUUGAGAAAAUGGUGAAAGAAGCAGAGAAGUACAAGUCAGAGGAUGAGGAAGUGAAGAAAAAAGUGGAGGCAAAGAAUGCUCUGGAGAACUACGCUUAUAACAUGAGGAAUACUGUGAGGGACGAGAAGAUUGCGGGGAAAUUGGACCCAGCUGACAAGGAGAAGAUUGAGAAGGCUGUGAGUGAUGCUAUAGAUUGGUUGGAGAAGAACCAGUUGGCUGAGAUUGAUGAGCUUGAGGACAAGUUGAAGGAAUUGGAGGGACUGUGUGGCCCCAUUAUAGCUAAGAUGUAUCAAGGUGGUGGGGCUGGAGAUAUGCCCAUGGGGGGUGACAUGCCUGGUGGUUCUCGUGGUUAUGGUGGUGGGUCCACUGGAAGUUCUGGACCUGGGCCUAAGAUUGAAGAAGUUGAUUGAGGUUGCUGAAGUUAGGAGUAUUGGGUUUCUUUGUGUUGGUCACUUUUGUUUGGGUCAAGUGUUAAGGCUUUUGAAGUUGUGAUUAGUUAAUAUGUUUUUCCUACUUUUUGUUUAUUAAUAUGAAUAUGUAAAGCAUGUAACCAGAGGUUUUUAUGUUAUAAAUAAAAAUAAUUUUCAGUUUUCA